AAACUCCCAUUGCAUGCUUCUUGUUUUAUUUCUCAGUAGCAGUUAUCAUUUUGUAUGUUUCUAUGUGGGCACUAUUCGCCAUUCUACAGAUUUUUUUUGUCCAUAGAUUCUGAACUGUCAACUUUCGAACCGAUUUUUUGUUUACAAUUCCAUAAUUUUUUUGGGUUCCUGCUACCGUUUAAGCUGGUCAUUCACACUGUGAAAGACUCAAAGAUGAAAUGCUUGCAGUUUUCAAGUUAAUCUCAGGCUAUUAGUUAGAGGGGACGAUGGGGGAAAAUAGAGGGUCAUUGGAGAGGAAAUCUUCUGGUGAAACUGAAAAUUCAGAGUCUGCAUCAUUCGUUUCUGAGAAGCAACUGAGUGAAGCGCUUGAGGCAUUGAAUGGAUCUCCUAUUGAGCAUAACCAGUCACCCGAAGUCGCCACAAAAAUUGUGGUCAUACCUGAAGAUAUUAAUAUGUCAUUUUUCUAUUCACAAUCACCUGAAGUCACCUCACAUGCAACAGACAGCAUAAAUGAUGAUUUGACAGAUGAAGAUGUAAAUGGAGCAAUGAUAAGUAUAUCAGAGGAUAGAGAUGAACCUGAUGGAUUGAGGAAUAUGUCAGAAAAGCUGUCUGCAGCGCUCGUGAAUGUAAGUGCCAAAGAAGAUUUGGUUAAGCAACAUGCCAAAGUCGCUGAAGAAGCUAUUUCAGGCUGGGAAAAGGCUGAAAAUGAAGUGACAAGUUUAAAGAAACAAGUCGAGGCACUGACCCUCAGAAAUUCAACAUUGGAAGAUCGAGUCACACAUCUAGACAGUGCACUUAGGGAGUGUGUUAGGCAGCUUAGACAAACAAGGGAAGAGCAGGAGCAAAGCAUUCAUGAUGCUGUACUAAAGAAAACACGUGAGCUGGAAUCUUCCAAAGGUACACUAGAGAAGCAGCUCAUGGAGGUGCAGAGCAAAUCAGAUCUUUCGAAUGCUAGUUCUCCAUCAUCAAUUGAUUUUGAUAAGUACCAGAAGGUCGAAUAUUUGGAGAAAGAGAACGCGGUUCUCAAACAUGAGCUCCAAGCUCUAUCUGAAAAACUGGAACUCAGGACAAUAGAAUGGAAUUUAAGUACUCAAACAGCCGAGAUGGUUAGCAAGCAACAUUUAGAAAGCAUCAAUAAAGUUGCCAAGCUCGAGGCUGAGUGCCGGAGACUGACAAACAUGGCCUCUAGAGCUUCCACUACAUCAUCCUCUUGUGUUGAAUCUCUCAAAGAUGGUCAAUCAAACAGUGGAGAGAGGACUAGAGCAGUGGAGAUUGAUACAACAAAGAAGAGUGGCUCAGAACCAGACAUAGAUGAAUUAAGUUGUUCUGAUUCAUGGGCAUCUGCGCUAAUUGCUAAGCUUGAUCAGUUCAAGAAUGAAAAGUACAAACAAAUUUCAUCCGGUUCUGUUAACAUUGAUCUCAUGGAUGAUUUUCUUGAAAUGGAACGACUCGCAGCACUCCCAGAUACUAAGAAUGAGAGCUUUAUCAAAGAGUCACUUGUUGCCAAUGAUUGCAUUCACGAAGAAAGCUCCAUCAGAGAUGAGUUUGACGCUACCAAUCGGCAAAUUGAUGAACUAAAAGAGAAGCUAGAGAAGGCCAAAGCUGAGAAAGAGGAAGUGAAGACAUGUUUAAUGAAAAGUGAGUGUGUCAUUGAGACAUCACAGCUUAAAAUGAGGGAGGCAGAAACAAAAUUGGAGGAGUUGCAAAGAGAGCUAGAGAACGCCUACAAAUCAAAGCAAGUGUUUGAAAAUGAACUAACGAGCAUGCAGUCCGAGGCUAAAUCAAUAACUGCAAAAGUUCACUUACUAGAAGCAGAAGUUGAUAAGGAAAAGGCCAUAUCAGUAGAAAUUGAAAAAAGGUAUAAGGAAUUAGAGGAAGAACUAGAAAGAAAGAAGCAGGAAGAGAAAUUUGGGUCAAUAACCUCGUACAGUGAAAUGAAGCUAAAGCAGGAGGACCUAGCAUUAGCUGCAGGAAAGCUUGCUGAGUGCCAGAAAACAAUAGCGUCUUUGGGGAAUCAAUUAAGUUCACUAGCAACACUAGAAGAUUUCCUGAUUGACACUACCAGCAUUCCAGAACUUUCUGCUACUCCAUCAUUCAUUGCUAGAGACGGUGCAGUCAUGGUGAAGUCGCAUUCAAAUGGCACAUACUCAACUGAAAGAGAUUCCGGUUCUUCAAGUAGAAAUGAAGAAAGCUCACCACCACCAUCAUCAACCAACUUGCCAAAGCAUGAUUCUGAGAAGAGUAUAAAUGGUUUUGUAAAUUUUUUCUCUCAAACCGAGAGUGGACUCCAACUAGAAAUUUAGUGGGGAUUAAAAACUAUAAUGAUGGAACUCCUUCAUUUAGUGCUAUCUAUCAUAUAUAAUAAUGACUAUCAAUUUUU